UAUGUUUCCAAACAUUUCAGUCUUAAAUGAAGAGUUUGAUGAAGAUUAGCCUCGCUUGAUUGCUGUAUCUUAUUCAGAUAUUAAAAAACUGCUGUCUCCUCCGCCAGCCAAGAUUUAAUCUGAAAUUGUUGUUGAAAGAUUUAAAGCUAAAUCACAUACGCUUGGAUUAAUUGAAUCAAAAGGAGUAGAAUCACAUCUCAUUAAAAUCAUAUAGAAUAAUGAUUAAGUAGAAAUAUAGAGCUUAUUGGAAGAGGUAGAGAACAUCAAUAUUCAAUCAAUUAUUGAUCAUAAGAAAUACACUCUACUUCAUCUAGCAGCCUAUAACAACAACUUAGAUACUGUGAAGUAUUUAUUUAAUAUGAACUGUGUUUAGGAUGCUGAUUAAUCAUGUUAAAAAACAGCAUAAACAUAAUUGCUAGUCUAUUCUUACAGAAUGGGUUAAUUAAUAAACAGAAGAUGGUUUUGUGGCAUUUCACUUUGCAGCCUAUAGAGGAAAUCUAGAGAUGAUUCACGAGUUUGAAAAGUGUGGAGCCAAUCUAGAUAUUCGAAAUGCUUAAGGAAUGAAUGGAUUGCAUUUGGCAGCACAAGGAGACUAACCAAAAUCAGUUGUCUAUUUUAAGAAAAUCGGUUUCGACUUUGCUUAAAAAGAUUCAAAAGGAGGAACUGCAUUACAUUGGGCAUCUUAUUAUGGGUGUGAAUUAUCAGUCAAUUAUUUAUUGUCCUUCUCAGAUCAAUUUUUAGAUGUCAAGGAUUUAGAAGGUUUAACAGCACUUCAUUUAGCUACUAUGAGUGGUAAUAGUAGAAUAGUUAAGAAAUUAUUGCUGCAUGGUGCUAAUCGACAGAUUAAAAAUAAUGAAGGAUAAACUCCGGCUGAUAUUGCUAAAUCCAACUCCUUUCAAUCCAUUUAUAAAAUGCUUACAGAGUCCUAAAACUUCUUUAUUACCUACUUUAGUAUCAGUUAAGGAUUCUAGAAGGUCGACAGAAGCAAAAGUAAAAUGUUCAAAUUUGCUGCUAUGUUAAUUUAUUGUCAAGCAAUCAUUAUUUAUUCAAAUAUUUAUGCUGGAGAAUCUUAUCAAAACAUCAUUUACUAUGGAGUCCCGCAAUUGAUUAUCUGGCUUUUAUUAAUGCUAAUUUGGCUCAGUAAUCCUGGCAAAUAAAUCGUAAAUUAAGAAUAAUCAGAAUAAGAUCUUCUGAAAAAUCUAUUUGAAAUUCUACAAAGAUAUGAUGCCAAAGACAUAUGUCCUGAAUGCGUGUGUGUUAAAGCACCAAGAUCUAAACAUUGUGAUAUUUGUUAAUCUUGUGUAUUAGUAUAUGAUCAUCAUUGCCCUUGGGUUGAUAAUUGUGUAAUUAUUGAUUCUUAUUUAAGAUAGGAUAAAACAAUCAUUUUUAAUUUUACAUAUUUGUGUUGCUCCUUUGUUUGGAUAUUACUUUUACUUUGGCACUCCAGUUCUACUUUGUCAUCAAAGAGAUUCAGAUUGAUGGAAGCAUAACAGACUCAUAUAUUUUACUUUUCGUUCCCUCCUUAUUUUCCAUCAUUAUUAUGCUUUUAUUUCUCUUUCCUCUUUGGCUUCUUUUAUACAUUUAAACAAUGAAUUUGUUGUCAGGAUAAACCACUUAUGAAAAGUAAUAUUAAUUAUAUCUAAUCGAUAGGUAUUCAUAAUCAAUGAAGAAGGUUAACGAUAACUCCUCUAUAUCCUGCAAUAAUUGUCUAUAGAUGUGUUGUUAUAAUAAAAUGGAUAGUCAAAAGAAAAAGAAACUUAACCAUUAAUCAAUGUAAUUAUAUGACUCAAAUAAAAAUUGA